UGCCUCCUCGCUGUGGCUACGACCCAGGUGUCUAGCGGCUGCGCCGGGGGUGGCCGGGACCCAGGCGUCCGACUUCCUAGCUCUGUGCUUCCCAGGCUCAUUUUGGGACGUGGAAGUCGUCCCACCCGGCUCUCUUUCCCCCUCAUGCGGAGCCCAGGACCCCGACUCCUGCCGCAUCCCCUCUGCAUGACUCUGCGGUGUCCAGCUUGCGGUGCUGCCGAAACUGCAGACUUUCGGAUUCCCAGGAGAACGGAGUGCUAGACUCCGUGGCCUGUUACUCGCCAUGUUCUGGAGCGACUGAUUCCCUGGGUGGCCGUCUCUCCCAUGGGUGCGAAGAGCCUUCGGAAAGCCAGAAGGCGCAGAUGGGGCGGCUGGCGAAGCCGGAGCCUGUCUCUCUUCGCUGAGUGGGAGGCCUGGUUUCUCUCCAACUAGGUUCAAGGCGCCUUUUUUUACUAGCCUCCUCAUUGCGCAAGGAGCCGCUGCUGCCCUUCCAGAUUUCUCCCAGUGCCAUCGCAAGGAAUCUUGCUGCUCGGUGUAUUCUCCCCGCCAUCGGUCCUCUAGAGUUUUGUGUUGCCUUCUGCCGGCACCAUGUCGGGGAACGCCGGGCCCUUCCUGGUGUGGGCCCAGGAAGUGGCGGCGCUGCUGAUGCUGCGGGUGCGCCGGACCGUCCUGCAGACGGCCAUUUUGCUCUGCGUGCUGCUGCUGCUGCUUUGGAUCUCGAUCUUCCUUUAUGGCAGCUUCUAUUAUUCCUACAUGCCUACGGUCAGCUACGUCAGCCCGGUUCAUUAUCACUUCAGGACAGACUGCGGCCUGCCGGGACCGGAGCUGUGCUCCUUUCCCACUGCCAACAUUUCGUUCGUCAAGGACAGCCGUGACCAGGUCCUCAUGUAUGGCCAGCCGUAUCGCAUCUCGCUAGAACUGGAACUUCCCGAGUCGCCGGUCAACCAGAACCUGGGGAUGUUCAUGGUGGUGAUCUCUUGCUACACAAAAGGCGGGCGCAUCAUCUCGUCAUCGGCCAGAUCUGCCAUGCUCCACUACCGCUCAGGCCUCCUGCAGAUCCUCGACACCCUGGCUUUUGCCAGCCUCUUCUUGACCGGUUUCACGGAGCAGAAGCAGAUGGUGGAAAUCGAGCUGUACUCGGACUACAAGGAAGACUCGUACACGCCCACCGUUGGUGCCGUGAUAGAAAUUCAGACCACGCGGAUCCAGAUCUAUGGCGCUUACCUGCGCAUUCAUGCCCAUUUCACCGGUCUGCGAUACCUUCUCUACAACUUCCCGGUGACGUCUGCCAUCCUGGGGGUGGUCAGCAACUUCGCCUUCCUGAGCGUCAUCGUCCUCUUCAGCUACCUGCAGUGGAUGUGGGGCAGCAUGUGGCCCAGGGAGCCCCUCUCCGUGCAGCUGUCUGGCCGGGAAAGACUUGGAGCAGCGCCACAAGCCGAAGACGGGCAUCGGCGGGUUGUGGUCCCCAAAGAAGGCUCAGAUGAAGGGCAGAUUGCUCCGCCGCAGAUGGAAGAGGUGGGGGCUUCCGAAGGGGAGUCGCUGUCCCAAACAGCGGCAGCAACGCAAGCCAAGAACCGCAGCAGGUUCGGAAGACUCGAAUCCAGAACUGAAUCCAGCCUGGGGGAAGGAGAAAACGAAGAGACCGAGUUCGAGUCGGUGGACGACUCGUCCCUGCUUUCCGAAGCCAACUUCCUCUCGCCGCCCCUGGAGUCGGACCCCUCCGGCCUGCUGCUCCCGGGGCCCGAGACCCUCCUGCCCGGCUCGGAGCUCCGCCAGAGAAGCACGUGCGCCAGCUCCUGAAGGACUCGGGCGCGACCCCCGGGCUCUCCUCGGGGGGCUUCCUCCGCCGCCGCCUUCCAGACCCGCACGGCUCCGAGCUCACGCGUACAUUCCAGGCGCCGCCUCUGCCCACCGCACGCCCUCCUCGCCCGGAGACACUGUCACUUAAAUAAAAGUACCUGCUAACCAGA